CUAGUUUGUCUCGCCAAUUGUUACGUCAAUUUCAAAGUCUAUGGUUGUGAGUACCCCUAUCAGACAAUGAUGGAGUUGAAGGAAUUGAUGCAACAACUUUAAAUUUACCUAUAAAUCCUUUCUGUAUAUAUUGUAAAUAGAUUGUCAAAAUGAACUAUUAUGAACAAUUUUAUGAUGACCUAGAAUUCUGUGACCCUGAUGAUGAUCCUUAUCUGAGAAGAGGUCAACGGUACUAUAGUGAUGAUCGUUAUCAACAAGAUGACCUCUAUCGCCAUGGUGAUCCAUAUUACCAUGGCGACCCAUAUUACCAUGAUGACCUACGUGCUUCGGAAGCUUCUUCUCAUUAUAGAGAAUACAGUCAGUAUGAAACUGAGAGAAAUAACAUGAACCGGGGCCGCCCAGACAGACGGGCUCCAGAUAAUAGAGGUAGAGGUCAUGGGCCUUCAAGGGGAUAUGAUAGGUCAUUCAGAGGUCGUGGAAGAGGUCAAAGUCAGGAUCAGUUGAGAGAAACUUUGGGUAACAGUAGAGUUAAUGAAAAUGAAAGGAUAAGCAAUGAUCAUUGGAGAGGAAGAGCUAGGGGAAACAUGUGGCGCGGAAAUACUCGUGGAGGAAUAAAAGGUGUAAACUUUGUAAAAGCAGGGUCUAAUAAAUCUGCAGCAACAUCUGAUGGUUCAUCAAAGCCUGAAGAUAAUAAAAAGGCAAGUGAAAGUGAUCAAAUUAGGUUUGAUUAUAGAACUUACCAGAACAAACCUUCCGAGUCAGAGACGGAGGUAGAGCAGGCUAUGGAGGCCUACACGUGUCAACUUGGGUACGGCUAUGGGUAUGGUCCAAGGAAUGAUCUUGUAGAAGGGGACCAGCCAGAAUGGUUGAUAAGUUCAGAAUCUGGGAACCAGCAAGCCUGUCAGGUGACUGAAAGUAUAAUGCAGCAAGAAAGUGGGCCUGAAACUGAACCAAAGCCUGGGACAGAUGUUAAGAAAGCUAUGGUUAGUCCUGCUUUAAACUUUGUGAAAGCAAAAACUGAAUUUCAUAGUAUAGAUGUGGCCUUUCAUGAAAUGCAAGACCAAAAGCCUAAACCAAACUCUUUAAGUGUUAACUUUGGGAAUAAAAGGGUAGGUCUGGGUUUUGGUGUUAGUACAAACAGUGCCGCUGCAUCAAGUGGCAAUAUAUCAGCGGAGUACCAUGCUGGCGCGAAAAAUGGCUGUAACCCUAGAGUAGACGCUAAAUUCAUGAAUUUACAAAAAGCUAUAAAAUCAAGAAUGUUACCAAAUAAAAACGCUAUAGAAGUCACCCACAUGGCCGUGGAUAAAGUAAAAAUGAAGAUAAGUGAUGAAGUAGGUAUAGGUAAGAGAACACCAAGUGGACAGGCAAUGUUUUUGUGUCGUCUGGAGAUAGAUGGUGUGCUUAUAUCCCAAGGUCAAGCUACUACCAAAAAGGCUGCCAAGCAUGAAGCAUAUCAAAAUGGUCUAAAGGUUUUCAACCAUGACACUUUGACUGUGAAAGAGAUUUCUCUAGGUGUUUUUGAGUUAAGGCAGAAAGAACCAGAGUUUAAAGUUCCUUUUGUUGCUGGAAAGUCUGGAAAUUUAGGUGCUAAGGGUCAAGGUCAAAAACCACAAUAUACCACCAGUCAGAACGAGGGGAAAUCAGUAGCACAGUCUACUAGUGUAUGUGGACAAACAGCACAGUCUGAGAAUUCUAUGUCUCAAUCUACUCCUGAAUCUAGGCAGGCUAAUCUUUCAUCCUAUAGUAAACCAAAGAUCGUAUUUCACCAACCGAAUCAUCCAUUAAACAAUAAACCUCUGGCAUUCAGGAAAAGCGAUUCAUCCUGGACUGGGUCACAGUUUCAGCAGUCUGGGUCAAAUACGCCAGAAGCUUUAGCAACAAAACUGCUUAAUUUUGUAAAAGAAAACGCUGAUACAGACAGACAGACACAAAGCUGCACAUCUGAUCUGAGUGACAGUCUAAAUAAAAAUCGUGAUGCUUACAAUAUUAACAGGAACAAUUCACCAAUGCAAAACUUGAGGAAAAGAUCUGCAGGUGGAAAUGUUAGUGAAGGAAGAUUAAAAGUGCAGAAGAAAGGUAACGGAAAUGUGAAUCAUUCCAUAGAUGAUCUGUCUCAGUUUAUAUUGAUAGAUAGUACACCAUUGAAUAACACUGUGAAUGAGCUUUCUGUGUUACACAACAGUGCAAAUUUCAACAGAGUCGUCCUGAAGUUGGAAUAUGAAAAUGAUGGUGACGGUGUUCAGUGUAGUUUGUUGUUGUCAGAUAUAGUGGUUGCUAUGGCACACGGACCUACUAAAGAUGAGGCAAAACAGCUUGCUGUGACAGAUUCGUUGAAAAAUUUAAAAGAAUGUUGUUACACCAUAAAGAUAAAGCAAGCUGUUGAUUCGGACGCAAGUGGAUUCACAAAGGAACAGUUGCUAAGUGAUAUUCAACAAUCGGGAGAGAAUGUGGGCGGGGUUAUACCAGACAGCAACAUUGGAAAUAUGCUAUUGCGUAAGAUGGGAUGGGUCGGAGGAGGGUGUGGCAAAGAUGGGCGAGGUAUCUCAGAGCCUGUAAAGGCAGAAAUGAUCAUUGGAAGAGAGGGUCUUGGCUUAAGUGCCGAGAGAGGUAUUGGGAAAAACUUUCAUGAAAGAGUGACAAAAAUGUUACAAGAUUAUAUUAGAUCAGACGAACAAAAAGACUUGCAUUUUUCCUCAGAACUUCAAAAAGAAGAACGGGCCAUUAUUCAUAAAAUAGGUCAAAAACUUGGGCUUAAGACAAACAGUAAAGGUAAAAAUGAGAAUCGAUACCUGAUUGUUAGUCGGAAACGGAGUGCUCAAGAGUUACUGGAGCAUGUCCGGGAAAGUGGCGGUUCUACUAGUAAAUAUGAGCUUAUACCGCCUGAGGAUCCGGAUUAUGAUAUAACUAGGCCCGAGGAUAUUGUGCAUGGUCAUUCUAAACAAUAGACUUGUUACAGAGAAUCAGAUUGUCGCCUAUAUUUUUUUUGGAUGUUUUUAUUUUAUAUUACUGGUUUCAUCAUCAUUUGAGCUUACAAUUGUCUGUGUCAUUGUAUGAUUUUUAGCUUAUAUUUGUACUAAUGGUGGAGUUAUGCUGUCUGAUUUGUAUAUACAAUGUACAUGAAUGUCAUACUUUUGAUUCAUUUUUGUUGUUACCAACCCAAUUUUUCAUAGAACCUGUAAGGUACUGGGUUGAAACUUCGAAAAGUUUUUUGUAUCAAUCACCUCCGUAGUCUGUCAUUGAAUCCACAUUUCAUAUCACUAAUGAAUUAAUAAGAAGUACUUUAAAAAGAUAAACAGACUGGGUAAACCUGCUUUUUCUCACAUGCUUUUCUGAUAUCGUGGACAUUAUUUUAGCCCGGAUUUCAGUUUGCAAUUUUAAAAUAACCAAUGAAAAUCUUUCUUAUAUUCAGUUCUUACCUGUGAAUCUUAAAGGAAGUCAAACUGAUCUGCGACUGACUUCGUCCAAAAAAAUUAAAAGCAUUUUGAGAUAAAGCUAUUGAAUCUUUGAAUACUUCUUUAUUAUGUUUAAACCCUUUUCAAGGAAAAGCAUAUCUUUAGUGGAUUGGUAUUGGACUUAAUUUUGACUAACAGAUUACUAGAUCCUCCACUGACAUAUUGAUGUCAUAUGUUAAAAUGAGGUUGAUAUAAAAAGCACACUUGUCUGUUAUCAUACCAUUGAAUUUGUAAGUCAAGGGCUGGGACUAAAGUUUAUCGUGAAAAUGAUGGCCCUAUUUUAAUAAUCAUGAUGCAUUGAAAUGCAAUUUUGUUGUGGUAGCCUUUUUAUUGAUAAUUAACCAUAAUUAAAUAGUAAUUUCCGGCUGAUAAUUGGUCAGUAUAAUUUUUUGCAGGUUUCUGACCCAAUCAGAUACCCCAGAUCUGAGUUUGAGUCUAGAAAAAAAUCUUUCUAACCUUGGAUCCAGAUUGUCAUCAUCUGUUAUAUAUCAAAAAGGUGCAUUAAAGAUGCACACCUCCAGAUUCAUACUAAUUUUUAUGAAAAUUCGAAAAUGAAUUUAAAAGUAUAAUAUUGUGAAUUUACCAAAAGAAUGCAAUUUACACAUUAUCAAUUGUACUUACAACCCAUGUUGAUUACCAUAAAGAGGUCAAAAUAUGCAAAAAUAGCCCUUACUGCUUUAGUAACAUAGUAGAAAUACAAGUAUAAAUGCUGAAAAAUCAGUCAUAAAUCACACAUAACAUGUAAACUAUGACUAGAAUUUUAAAUCUUUACUUUUCCUAAAAUAUUAAUACAUUAAUAUUCUCAGGUUUGAUUUUAUUAAAUAUUUUUGAUCAUCUGGAGGCGUUCAGCUUUAAUACUGUACAAAAUUUUUGCUAAUGAACUAAAUUUUUCCCUUCAUUGUCAUGUACAUUUAAGAUAUUGUCCAGGGGUAAUAACUCUAGCAUGCAGUCUUUUUGUACAUGUUUAACUGUGAUUGAUUCAGUUUAAAGAAUAUUGGAGAUAAUAUGGAUGUGGGAUGACAAAUAUCAUAUCACCAUUACAUUGAUAUUUGAUAACUUACCUAUAUUUCACUUUCAUACAUAUUGUACUCACCCUGGAUAAGUUUUUGGGAUCAAGUUGUUAUCUCUAAACUACCUAAAGGAAUGGGUUGAAACUUAGUAGGAGGUCUCUUUCCAAGGCCCAUAACUCUGACAUGGACUUUAAGAGAAUAAUGGCCUUUUUUUAACUUAGAAAAUUUUACAUUUUCCUUGUUUUUGGUUUACGUUCAAGCACUUAAAAUAGUCAACAUGCUAUCACACUGAAAACUCUUCUUAUUUAGCCAAAAUUAUCAUCGUUUUUUCAAAUCUGUAUAUAAAAUCUAAUAAACGAUACAACAACAUAGUUGAUUGCAACCUCUAGGCACUUUGUAAAAUUUCUGAUAAGGAUAAUAUGGACAUGGCCUAUAUAAGAAUUUUCUAACAAGGUCUAUGUACACAACCACUGAUCUUUAUUUAGUUUUUAAAAUUAUAAACAUUAACAAACAUUAACAAAUGAAAAAAGACCCACAACUCUAGCAUUGGUUUCCACUGACUUACUCCCCUUUUGUGAAAUUGCAGCUGUCUUCUAACUUCUCUCAUUACCAUUAAUUCAUUUAGCUGGAGAAAUCAUUUCUUGGAAAAAGAACUAGAUUGUUUCUUUGAACAAGAUUAUUUCUUGGAACAAGAGUUAUUUUUAGAACUAUUUUGAGUUUAUUUGUUACAAGUUAUGAACUGUGUUUGUAUUGUGAUGUAAAGCAUAAAAAGUCCUUUAAUCAGAUACAUUUGUUAGUGAUACAUCUAGGUGUGCUUGUUUGAAACUUUUAUUUAAAUCCUGAAUUAUAAAAGUCAGUGUGAAAUAAUUAGUCAUUGUAAUUUUGAAAAAAAAUUUACAACAUGUACUUUGAAUAUUUGAAAAUGAACUUAAUUUUGAGACUUAAUAAGCAGAUUUUAUCAAUUAAAGUGAAGUAAAAGAGAAA